AUGAAUCAUCUUGACAACCUCGGGGACUCUACCACAGACGAUGAGGCAGGCUCUCAGACGACCGAAGACGACAUGCCCGAGCGACAGGCACCUCCUGCCGCCCCUCUUCCGCCAGUGCCUCCCGUGCCUGCGCCAGCCACUGCUACCGGCCGCGAGCGACCUCAUUACGAGCUGAGGCAUACCCUUCGAGGUCAUACAGAAUCCAUAUCUGCGGUUAAAUUUAGUCCAGAUGGGACGUUGCUUGCAUCUUGUGCGAACGAUCGCGUCGUGAAGAUCUGGUCUCCAUUCACUGGAGAGCUCAUACGGAACCUGAACGGCCACACGAAGGGCCUAUCAGACAUUGCAUGGACGUCAGACAGCGUGCAUCUCGCUUCUGCCUCCGACGACACCACUAUUCGGAUAUGGGAGGUCGAUACAGGAAUGACUUUGAAAACGCUGAAGGGGCAUACAAGCUAUGUCUUCUGUGUGAACUACAACAACGCGUCGAAUCUUCUCGUUUCCGGUGGAUGUGAAGGGGAGAUUCGGAUAUGGAAUGUCGACAAGGGGAAGUGCACUAAGAAGAUCCUUGCACAUUUGGACUAUGUUACCGCGGUUCACUUCAACCGGGACGCCUCACUGAUCGUCUCGUGCGCUCUCGAUGGUCUAAUCCGAAUAUGGAACACGACCACCGGGCAGUGCUUGAAAACCCUCGCAGAGAGCCACGACGCGAUCUGUCAACACGUACAGUUCUCACCCAACUCUAAGUACAUCCUCUCCACCGCGCACGACAGCGCGAUCCGCCUCUGGGACUACCAGACCUCGCGCUGCCUAAAGACGUACGUCGGGCACACGAACCAGAAGUUCUGCAUCGCCGCGUGCUUCAGCGUCACGGGCGGAAAGUGGAUCAUUUCCGGCAGCGAGGACAACAAGGUGUUCCUGUGGGACCUCCAGAGCCGCGAGAUCGUGCAGACGCUCGAGGGGCACACGGAUGUUGUGGUCGCAGUCGCGACGCAUCCACAGCAGAACAUGAUAGCCUCGGGCUCUAUCGACACGGACCUCACAAUCCGACUAUGGGCGGACCGCGGAGGCCCAUAAGAUUUUCAAGAUUUGUAUCGCGCAUUCGGUUUCCUUCAAAUUCUCGAGCGCUCUGGCGCCAUGUUGUAUUAUUGUGUACUUUUGGGCUUGUGCGGCUUCAAGGAUCCUGUGCAAUUAUCACCGAGUUGUCUAGACUCAUAGUCUGAUUCGUUUACAGUCCCCAACAUCCGCUCUUUAAACGACUCGCGCGAAUUUCUGACGUGGACUAGCCGAUCACCAGAUACACA